UUCAGCUUUCCCCUGCGGGAGGCCCCUAGUGGGGCGUGGGGCCGGGCACAGACCAGCAGCAGUGACCUGCGGGGAGAAGGGGAUGGCUACCUCAUCCCGACCCGAUGGGGAGCAGCGCAGCGCUGUGGAGUAGAAGUUGGCUUUGGCUCAGAAAGGGACCCUCCCAGGAGCAGAAGGGAAGCGGGCAGGGCGCCAUGGAGGAGCAGGGCGCGGGACUGGCCAAGCGGCUGGGCACAUUGCUCUCGGGCCUGCUGGAAUGCAUGUGCUUUGCUGGCGUCAUCUUCGGCUGGGCCUCGUUGGUGUACGUGCUCAAGGACAUGCACUACUUCGAGGAGCUGUGUGUGCCGGCGGCUAACGGCACGGGCAAUGGCACACAGGGCCCAGACUGCCGGGCGCAGGACGAGCAGCUGUCACUCGUCUUCACCGUCGGCUCCUUCAUGAACAACUUCAUGACCUUCCCCACCGGCUACAUCUUUGACCGCUUUGGCACCGUGCCAGCCCGCUUGCUGGCCAUAUCCCUCUACACUGGCGGCACACUGCUUAUUGCCUUCUCCACGGCAGCUACGGCGCUGAUCCUCUUCCCGGCUAUGUGUCUGCUCUCCAUUGGCGGCAUCCUCCUCAUCCUCACCAACAUGCAGGUGGGGAACCUGUUUGGGAAGCACCGCUCGACCAUCAUCACCCUCUACAAUGGGGCCUUCGACUCGUCCUCCGCUGUCUUCCUUGUGGUCAAGCUGCUGUAUGAGCACGGCCUGACCCUGCGAGCCAUGUUCCUCUUCCUCUCGGCCUGCAGUGCCUGGCACCUGACCCGCACCUUCUUCCUGAUGCCUAGGUGGCACAUCCCCUACCCGCUGCCCCCAGGAUACACAUACGGGUGA